AUGCCCCGUGCUCGCAGGCCUCGCCGUGAAUGGUCGGACGGCGUCCCGCCCGAGCUUCUUGGCGUCAUCUUCCUCGACCUGGCCUGCCUCGCCGACCGUGUCUGCUUCGCUGCCGUCUGCCGCGCGUGGCGCUCUGUCGCGCGGGCUGUUGGCGCCCCGCCGGCGCCGCGCCAGCUCCCGUGGCUCCUCCUCCCGUCCCCCGACAAGCCCUCCUUCUUCAGCCUCCACUCGGGGGCCAAACGCCGCCUACGCCUCCCGGAGAGCAUACGCGGCGCGCGCUUGUGUGGCUCCUAUGAUGGCGGUUGGGUCGCUCUAGCCUUCGAGCAGUGGCGAGGGUAUGCGGCCGUCAACCUUCUCUCCGGCGCGACGGUUCUUCUCCCCGACAGGCUCAGGACUGCCCACCCGCUCGCUCCCCAGGCGAACACCUCCUGCGAGCACCACAUGGUCAUCCGCACCAUCACUUUCUCGGGGUCACCCUCAGCAGAGGACUGCCUUGCCGCCGCGCAUGUCUCCAGCGCCUCCAACAUCGCGUUCUGGCGGCCGGGAAUGAAAGAGCACUGGAUCACUUGCGGUGUCGCGGUGGCUCUGGAUGUGAUCCAGGACAUCAUCUAUUACGAGAAUGGGCUGAAGCAAGGUUUCCAUGUCCUGUCAAAUACUGAGGACAUAGUUGUGUACACGCCCAACAGCGUCGAGGGUGCCUCUCUGGUGAUGUCCCGUUCCUCCUACCAGAUCCAGAAGCGCGCUGAUUACAGGCCUGAUAAUCUCAGGCGCAAGUCGCGCACAGUGUCCCGCUAUCUGGUGGAGUCCCGCGGGAAAUUGCUAAUGGUCCUGCGGCUUGCCAGGCGUGGCAAGAAUGGGUUCAGAAUCUUUGAGAUGAACCUUGCGGUUGCUCCCGCUGGGGGCUCUGAAGCUUCUUGGGUGGAGCUCCACUCACUUCCUGGCCGGGUGCUCUUGCUUGGUCGAGGCUGCUCUAGGGCUGUUGAGGUCUCUCAGUUCAAUAGGCUCCAACUGGGUAGCAUCUAUUACUUGGACGAUACUAGCUUCGACAUAUCCUUGGCGUUAAGCAGUGGGAGUAAGUAUUCCAGUACUGACAUGGGUGUUUAUGGUCGCAAAACACUAAAUGGGGCGCGUAGUGUGCGUCGCUUUCCGCGAAAAUUUACUUCAGAGGGCUCCCCACCAAUCUGGUUUAUGCCCUGA